AUGGAUGUAAGUACUGUAUUGAAACCCAGACGUACCAAAACCAAUAUAUUAACAGGAAAUAACUUACUCCCAUUGGUAAAAAAAACUAUUGAAAAAUACCUUUAGGGACAUUGUACCCUCAAUUAGUGAAAUUUGUUUUAAAAUUUGAUAUAUGAUUAAUGGUAACUAUCAAUUAAUUUAAUUAAAUUUUAGAAAUCUUAUGUCCUAGAGCAUAAAAUUUAUAAAUUAUUUUGUCAAAAUAUGCAAUCAAUAUAGAUUACAAAACGUGAAGUUAGCAAAAGUUUUCUCUUUGGAUGAGGAAAACCAUCAAUUAAAUCCACAAAAAAUUGUGAAAAACGACGAUAAGUCCCACUUUUUAAAACGAAUCAAUAAAGACAGCGAUUUAAACUCUUCUUCAUCAGAAACAAAUAUUACAAAGAAAAUAAAUCCUGUAGAUGAGAAGCUUCAUAAAAUCCCAAGGGUUAAGGCUGAAAUUUGUGGAUACACAAACACCUUGCCUGCUCAGCCCCAAAAAAUUGAGGCAAAACAUAAAGAGAAACAGAUAAAUAAUUUCACCUUUGAAGCCGAUUCAAGACUAAUAUCUGCUCCUCAUAAAAAUCAUAAUGAAGCUAAAAUGCCCAGAAGUAUGACUCCUGAUCAGCCAAAUCGUAAAUCUCAUAAAAUUGCUAUCCCUCAUGUUCCACUUAUCAUUCACAACUGUUUUGGAGACACUAUAAAUAAAGAAAAAAUCAGUCCCCAUACAGGGAUUUUAAGCUUUUUAGACGAUAUCCAAAAUCUAGGGUUAGAUGAAGUCCCGAUUCGGACUCGGACGAAAAAGUCAAAAUCAAGCACUCCUAUGUGUACUUCUACUCUAAAUUUAGGCUCAGAAUCCCCAUAUAAAAAACGCUUAAGAACAAAAAAUAUUUCAGUAGAUAGAACUCGAGCAUUUCGGUUUAUUGCCGGUUCACCUAAUCAGUCUCCUAUUUAUAAAUCAAAAAAAUCAAUUGUUGUGAAAAAGAUUUCCCCUACUACAAAUUAUGAUGAAAAAUCUACGAUGCCUUCAACGCCAAUACGACAGUCUGGGAAUCCAAUCUUUGUAUUAAAACGAGAAUUUUCUUUUAAUGAUGAUAGCUAA